AUGGUCGAAUUACAUGAAAUCGAAAUGAAAGAAGUUGAUGCACCAUCAGGAUCAAAUACAGCAAACACACCAACGGCAUCAAAAGAUGAAAAAAAAGAUUCUAAUACAUUAACAUUAGAUGAUAUUAAAGAACAAGUUCGUACAAUUGAAAAAGCCGUCAAUUCAAAAGAACCUCGAUUUAUUCUUCGCGUAUUACGUGCACUUGCAACAACACGAAAACGUCUUAAUGAAGAUGUUGUUCGUCGACUCGUUUGUUUCUAUUAUGGUUCUAAUACAUCAGAACGAGAAAUUCUCCUAGGAUUUAUUCAACCAGUUUCGCAGUCGAUGGAUGUUGAUACAGGAAAAACCAAUACACCUGUAACAACGAAUGAAAAACAAUUGAUUUCUCGGCCGCAAACAUCAAGAGCACGUGCAGUUGCAUUACCCGAAGUUGAUUUAUAUAUUCAUCUGAUUGUACUUCUUCAUUUAAUCGAUCGAAAUUCAUUAAAAUCUGCUCUCGAUUGUGCUAAACGACUUGUUGACAAAACAAGUGUGCUCAAUCGUCGAACACUUGAUCUACUUGCAGCGAAAUGUUAUUUCUAUUAUGCCCGCAUAUUUGAAUUGAAUAAUAUGCUUGAUACAAUUCGACCAUUUUUACAUAGUCGAUUGCGCACAGCAACAUUACGCAAUGAUUUCGAAGGAACAGCUGUAUUAAUCAAUUUAUUAUUGAGAAAUUAUCUUCAUUAUAAUCUAUACAGUCAAGCACAGAAACUUGUAUUGAAAUCGGUUUUUCCCGAUCAUGCAUCGAACAAUGAAUGGGCGAGAUAUCUUUAUUAUCUUGGUCGUAUUCGUGCCAUGCAGUUAGAAUAUACAAAAGCACAUCAAAAUUUGUUAACAGCUAUACGAAAAGCUCCUCAACAAACAGCCGUUGGUUUUCGACAAAAUGCUCAUAAAUUUCUUAUUACGGUUGAACUACUCCUUGGAGAUAUACCAGACAAAGCAACAUUUAAAAAUCCUCAACUGAAACGUUCAUUAGAUCCCUACUAUCAAUUAACAUUAGCUGUCCGUGCGGGUGAUUUAAGUCGAUUUAAGGAAGUUCUUGAUGCAUUCUCUGACCGUUUUCAACAAGAAAAAACUUGGUCACUUAUUAUUCGAUUACGACAUAAUGUUAUCAAAGCUGGCAUUAAAAUGAUUAGUUUAUCCUAUACAAAAAUAUCUUUUAGCGAUGUUGCUCAAAAAUUGCAACUUGAUUCACCAGAAGAUGCUGAAUAUAUCGUAGCUAAAGCUAUUCGUGAUGGUGUCAUUGAAGCCAGUAUAAAUCAUGAACAAGGUUAUGUCCAAUCACGUGACAUCGUGGAUGUUUAUACAACACGUGAACCUAUGAAUGCAUUUCAUCAACGUAUUGAAUUUUGCCUUAAAGUUCAUAAUGAAUCAGUUAAAGCUAUGCGUUAUCCUCCGAAAAAAUAUCAAGAAGAAUUAGAAACAGCUCAGGAACGACGCGAACGUGAACAAGAAGAAUUAGAAUAUGCAAAAGAAAUGGCUGAUGAUGAGGAUGAUUUUUAA